AUGGCCAUGGAGUCACCACUUCUCAGCCUACCUCGAGAGAUCCGUGACAUACCUGCAGUAAUCUCCGAAAUCGUCAUUGUCAAUGAUCAACCCUUCCGCGUCAAGCCACGGAGCAGGACGGGUAUUGUGUCCAAAUCAAACAAUGGUCUAGCAUCAACUUGCAAGCAAAUGAACGCCGAGUACAGCCACUUGCUCCGAAAAGCCGCUUUUACUCCCGGAAGCAGGACCGUGGCACCAAUCUACAACUUUGACUUCACCGAGAUGAUUGCUUUUGUCAGGACUCUGAAGAAGCACGAAAUUCAGUCCGCAAAUUGUAACAAGAAUCUCGCUGUCAAUCUCUUCAUCUCCACCAUUACUACGGUUGAAGCCCAGAGACUCAUGGAAUGGUUGAAAGUGGCAGAGACUUUUGGUAUCGAGCUUCAAUACGUUGUGCGGUGGACGAGCUUCGAUAUGAAAAGCUUGAAAUCUAUGGAAGCUGUGGUAGGACAGACACGAGAGGGUCGAAAAAUCAUGAAAGCUCUCGGGGCUGGAAGUGUUGGGGCUUGGAGUUGGGAAAGCUAUCAGUGGAGUCUGAAGAACAGAAGCUGCUAG